GAAUUAGAGAGAGAGAAACGGCGGGAGGAUCUGCGACAGAGACACGGGAGUGGGAGACCACCACCCCCACACACACGAUAAAGACAGAAUGUUCAGUUCAAGGAGAUCAAUGAAAUCAUCCUCCUCUGAGAACGAGGGCGAGGAAAUCCAAACUCCGACCAACAAGGGCGUGCGAGUCCCUUUUCAGGAUGUUUUGCCUCAGUGCAAUGUUCAGAGGGACGUGAAGAACCCCUGUAUCAAGAGGCGCUCGGAGAUUCUGCCAGGGUCUAACCUGACACCACUGAUGCGGAGGCUGCACUUACAGGAUGAUGGCCUGCCAGGUCUGAAGCUGGUUUAUGAAGAUCCCGGUCAAAAUAUCUUCGUGGAAGAGGACUGUGUUUGUGUUCCCCAGGCGAGGGCCUUGACUCCACUGAUGCACACAGCUGAACCUGGCCUUGACAGUACAGUUCCUGAGAUCAUGCUGAUAGAGGCUAAGGAUCCCACUCCAGGUCGUGGACGUGAAGAAGCAAUUACAUGCGUUGUCCGUAAAGGGGAGCCAGUCAUAAUUGAGGCAAAGCAAGAGCCCAAGCUGCCACUUAAUGACACUGCCAUAAUCUCCGGAUUGGCACCAGGCGGAUCCUCAAAUCCCAUUGAGACUGUAGCUGGUCCAAAUCUCGGGCCCAGAGUGGCUGAAGGGCACUCUCUGUCCUCCAGACUGGAGAUGGCAGGACAGCCAGAGGUACCUCAACGUGAUUGCCCUCCAGUUUUGACAGGGAAUUCCUGCACCAUUCUUCCUGAAGUGGAGGGGGAUGACGGUCUUGGGGAAGAUCUGCUUGAUAACUUGACAACAGUUCAUGGGCUCUCCGUACCUCUUGGCACUGGGACUGUGGGUGUAGGGAUGUUGUCCUGCAGUGAUUUGGGGCAAUUGAAGGAUGUUGUGAGAUUUGGGGAGCUGAAGCGAGAUGGGGAGGAGGUGGGCCCAUGGAAGAUGGAGGCAAAGCAGGAUGACAGGGUUUCUGAGGAGGUGGGACGAGUGAGUACUGGGCAGAUAGACAUUGAGGGAGACUGGGCAGAGAUGGGGAAAAAUAUGGGUGUGGUAGGGCAAGGGAUAGGGGACAACAUGGACAUAAAACAUAUAAAAGGGGAAAGGCAGGAGAGUGGGCAGCUGGAGUUCGGGCAGGAGGAGGGAGAGGGGGAUGAGGUGAUGCAAGCAGAGAGGGAGGAGGGGAGGAGGUGA